CUGGGCUUUAAAGACUGAGCCGGCGCCCCCGCGUCCGAGACUACGGAUCCUAGAGACACUUUGUCCGUACGUGUGUGAAGUGCGCCUGCGCCAGCCGCGGCCACCGGAGGUUUUGAAAUAUGAAUCUUUCACUCUUUCUGACUGCCUUUUGCUUGGGCAUAGCCUCAGUUGCUCCAACAUUUGAGUCAAAUUUAGAAGCACAUUGGACCCAGUGGAAGUCAAAGCACCAGAGACUAUAUGGCGAGAAUGAAGAGGAUUGGAGGAGAGCAGUGUGGGAGAAGAAUAUGAAAAUAAUCGAAUUACACAAUCAGGAAUACAGCCUGGGGCAACACAGCUUCAAGUUGGGAAUGAAUGCCUUUGGUGACAUGACCAGUGAAGAAUUCAGGCAGGUGAUGAAUGGCUUUCAAAACAAGGAACACAAGAAGGGGGAAAUGUUCUCUGAAUCUCCCUCUGAGAUCCCCACAUCUGUGGAUUGGAGGGAUAAAGGCUAUGUGACUCCCGUGAAGAAUCAGGGUCACUGUGGUUCUUGUUGGGCUUUCAGUGCAGCCGGUUCCCUGGAAGGACAGAUGUUCCGGAAAACUGGCGUACUUGUUUCACUCAGUGAGCAGAACCUCGUGGACUGCUCACGGGCUGAGGGCAAUAGCGGCUGCAAUGGCGGUUUAAUGGACAAUGCUUUCCAGUACGUCCAGGACAACAAAGGCCUCGAUUCAGAGGAAUCCUAUCCAUAUGUUGGAAAGGACAUGAACUGUAGCUACAAGCCUGAGUAUUCUGCUGCCAACGACACUGGCUUCGUAGAGGUUGCUCCGCUAGAGAAGACACUUAUGGCGGCAGUGGCAGCUGUAGGUCCCAUCUCGGUUGCUAUUGAUGCAAGCCAUGAUUCCUUCCAGUUCUAUGAAUCAGGCAUUUAUUAUGAGCCAGACUGCAGCAGCAAAGACCUGGAUCACGGGGUCCUGGUGGUCGGCUAUGGCUUUGAAGAAACAGAUUCAGAUAACAAUAAAUAUUGGCUCGUCAAGAACAGCUGGGGUGAAAGCUGGGGCAUGGAGGGCUAUGUAAAGAUGGCCAGAGACCGGGAUAACCACUGUGGAAUUGCCACAAAAGCCAGCUAUCCCACUGUGUGACCAGGUGCGUGGUGAUAAUGAAGGACUCCAGGACGGCAUAUUGGAGGAAUUUCAUUUUAAAACUGACCAGCCCUCAUGUGGGAUUAAACACUUGAAUCAUUGAAGACCCAAGUUGGUGAUUUAAAUUCUGUGACAUUUUUACAAUGAUAAAGUGUUACCACUAUUUAAUUACUGCUUAAAGAGCUUUGUAAUAUAACUCAUUGCUUAGCAUUGCUUAAUGCUAAGACUUGAAUUUUCAUUUUUUUAAAAGGAUGUACAGUUUUACCUUUUUAAAUAAAACUUAAUUUCAUGAGUAGA